GGGUAUGCCGUUGGUCUGGUCCUAGGAGGUAUAUUCACUGAUACCAUUGGCUGGCGAUGGGCCUAUUUAUUACAUGAUGGCAAUGAUCAACCUCUGCCUUUCUCUGGUAGCUAUCUGGUCACUGCCGUCAGUUGUCAGCCAGUCAGGGGCGUUGAAGCCCUGGACGUGCCGCCUCAUCGAGGAUAUUGAUUGGUUUGGUGCAAUAAUUAUCAGUGUUGCUCUCGGAAUUUUGCUCUAUGUUCUAGCCAUGGUAUCGUCUUCGUACCGUAGGGCCAGCGGUCCACAAAACAUUGCUCUGCUCACUGUAUCGUGUGUUCUGCUCGCUGCGUUUCCCUGUUGGAUGCAUUAUCAAGUUAAGAGAGGGAAGCCAGCACUUAUCCCGAACAGAUUAUGGAAGAGGGCAGCUUUCACGUCGAUCUGUGUAUCUGUCUUCUUCUGCUGGGCUUCUCUGAACGGGAUUGAGUAUUUCAUUACGCUCUACUCCGUACUUCCAACGAGUCGAGGGUCUUUCCGCUCUUCAAACUUCGAUCCGCUUCCUUGCACGCGUCGUAAUGGGGACGGCAGUCAACAUUGCCACGGCCUUCCUUAUCUCUCGCGUCAAAGUCCGCACUCUCGGUGUCGUUUCUGCUCUAAUUACUAUGGUUGCUCCGACUCUUAUAUGGCUACAGUUGAGGUUGGCGAAAACUACUGGCUCCGGCCGUUCUGGGCUUUGCUACUCUCCCCCGUGAAUCCCGAUGUCCUCUUCACCGUCUCAAACCUCGUAAUUUCAGAUGCUUUCCCAGCCGAGAUCCAAUCCCUUGCUGGUGGUGUGUUCAACAAGGUUUCCCAAUUCGGCAACUCUGUUGGUCUUGCUGUCAACUGCUUCAAUCGCUGCCUCUGUAACCGAGCACUCCGGCCUGGAAGAGCAUCGUGCAGCUCUUAUGGAGGGAUACCGCGCCUCCUUUUGGACAAUUUUUGCGGCCACGGCCAUCGUUGUUGUCAUUUCAUUCUUCGGGCUGAAGAAAGGUGGCACAGUGGGAAAAAAGGAGGUCUGAUUUAAGCCAAUCAUGUGCCAUUCUUUCUAUUCCUCCCACCCCUUUUUAUUGUUUCGAGGCGAGCACCCUUGACAAAACAGCCUUUGAAACAACAGCCACGUCGUUUCACUAUUUUCUGCAUCCCCAAAUAAAGCUGCGAGGUUCACCCGCUUCAUUACCCUAUUCCAGAUAAUUUUUCUAUACAGGGACCCAAGGUUGAGCGCAUAUGAGCGCAUAUGCGAACCCCAUAAGGGCAAGGGUGAAGAUGCGAUUUCGGUUGGCGGAAAAUCAGCCGAGACCUCGAGAUUGAAGGAAACUCAUGGGUUAUGCCUUGAGAUACCCUCGGCCUCAAAGUAGGUACCAUAUCGAAUCAACCAGGGGUGUGGUCUGGAUUGCCCUGCAGAAUUGAUUAUCACUUAGCAUUGCCAAAAUUUGCUUGAGUUUUGUGGCCUGUAGAGGCAAUGCUAAUAUGGACAAUUUUUGAUGCCCCCUUUUCCUAUGCACCGUUUAUACAUGUCUGUCUAUUUUGCUAAGACUUUCAUUUUAUCCCAGAUGUCCUAUCUUAGUAGAAGCUACCCUCUCAUAUUUUGAGAAUUUGAGAGUCAAAGCUUUAAUUAAGAAACCAAGUCCAAGUCACUCGCUGUCCCAAUGUUAACCAAAGGAUCAGAUCUCACAGCAAACUCGGCUCUCGGCAUAAAACUAACAACCCCGUUUAAGAUUACAAUGCCGAACGUCCUAGCGAACACCUUCCGCUUUCCUGUUUGCUUGUCGCUUUCUUUUACCCCUCAAUUCUCCUAGAUCGUCAUCGUGGGGUAGCGUUUGAACGUGGGAUCAACAUAGCUGCCAACUUUUCCAACGCGUUCCAGGGAGUCAUGCAAGUCCGGGCCUUUGGAUAGAUAGGACUCCGUAGAAGUAGAGUAGGUUGCAGAGUCGCAGGCAGAGCAACCGCAAAGGGUUGAUGGGGUAGCUCCGCAUCAACCCCCCGAGCUUUCCCUUGCUUCCUCCUUGCGGGAUAGCCCUAUAUUUUCGGAUUCACAGGUUUUGUAGAUCAGUGAGUGAGUGGUCAACACAGCCAACAACCGACAACGAGAUGGAAUAUUUAUUUUACUACUAUGAAAUCCCGCUUCUUCAGACUGUUAUGCACAGUUAAGGGUGUUAAACAGCUCACUAAUUGGCCAUUGCGCGUUCUUUUUAUUUCACCCGUUGCAGGAGCUUCUAUGGAGAUGCGUGGAGAGGGGAGGAAAAAGUUCUAGAACGGGAGGUCAGUUACAUGAUGUCACUUCUUUAGUUUCCUACCAACUGACAACCAGCUGCAUUGAGGGGGGGAAAAUCAUCGGAGAAUUUUCUAGUUCGUUGGUUAUCAGAGUCCCUUUCGCCCUCCUUUUGUGCGGGGAUUUGCGUUUUCCCUUCCUUUAUCCUGUUUUUAAUUCUGUAGUUAGUAGUGGUUUUAAUAAUAUUGAUGUUGUUGGUUGGCCUGGUAAAAUAAAAAUAUGCUGUGUUGCAGACGGUGCAGAUGCAUCCCAUGAAUUUAUGUUAUUGGAAUGGUCAAAC